AUGGACGGCGUGGAUAAAACACAUUCAUCAAGGUGGGACCCACAGUCCGGUCACCAGGGAUAUCGGUGGUGCUGGGGUCACCACCCAAUCCGCUUCCCAGAACAUUAGCCAGAUAGUGUUAUAAGAUAGAAUAUAUGAUAGGUCCACCCACCAUUGGGCAUACGAGGUUGAUGGUUCUGAUCACCUAACAAUGGGCCCCACUCCAAUCAAUGAAUCUGGACCCUAUAAUUUCUCUUCCUCAUGAAUCAUUCCUCUGCCGGUUAGAUGGCCUAAAAACUGAGACAGCUUCUCAGUGCACUCUCUCAAAUCAGCUCUUCUUUCUUCUUCAUCUUUUGCCCAUAACAAACGCGAGAGUCUCUCUUCAAUAGAAACGCUUCAGUCUCCUUCCUUUCCAUCUAUGCUGUUCAAAAUCCAAAUGGGUUUUCAGGAAAUGAAGUUCUAGCAAUGAUUUCCUGGCUUUCCUGACAUUCGAAGAUGCUCUCUUUAAGGGAUUUUUGGAGUAGGCAUAGAAGGAAGGCUUUUGUUGCUGCGGGAGUUUUGGGAAGUGGGUAUUUUUUGUAUAGGAUUUAUGCUGCUCAUACGCAGAGGAUUUCUGAUUUGGAGACUCAAAUCGACAGCCAUCAUGAAAUCGAUGAGCUCAUUAAGGCCCAAUUACAAACCCAUUUUGACAACAUUCAAAGAAUAUCGGAUUCGACAACACUGCCUUAUGCAAUGCAAUAUUUGCGGUUCCGGAUAUCCGAAGAGUUGGAUCUUUCGCAUUUAACAGAGAGAUUGAUGCAAGGGAAGGGUCAGCCCAACACUCUCACACCUAAGGAGAAGCUUGAGCUGUGGGAAAGACUGAAAAUUCUAAGUAUGCUAUGGUUUUAUCUUCUUCGAAGUAUUUGUUUCACGAGGACAGCAUUGUCAUUGUGGGCAAUGACGGUGCUUAGCUUAUACAUAAGAGUCCAGGUCAACAUCUUAGGGAGACAUCUCUACAUCGAUACAGCCCGGAGUUUGGGAACCUCUCAAGUACUGGACGAAGCUGGUCCAUUCGACAAGCGUGGCCAGCAAGAGUUUCUGGCAACUGCUGAUUACUUUUCCAAUUAUGGAAUGAGCUCAUUGAUUCCCAACAUGCAAAAAGCAGCUACAGAAGUUCUCAAGGAUAAACAGCUUAGGGAUCCAUUCAACACAGCCCAAUUACAUGAAACCAUCAUACAAAUACUGGAGUCAUUCAUGAGCAUGGGCGGUCGACAUCACUGGGUGAGCCACUUGAUACCUGAAAAUGCUAUUGUAUACAAACAGCUGGUGACCACAUCCUCCAAUGAUUUCGAUGGUUCUGCACUGCUCGCGGACAUCAGCAAACUCGAUCAACUCAUGGCUGAGACACGUAUUGUUGUAUCAAGUGAUGAUUUUAGAAACAUGGCUGAGACAUCGUUGCAAAAGGUGUUGGCUGGAUUAAUGGAGGAGGUCGGGACACAUGUAGAAGGCAAUCCUGUGUUGGGGGUUCCAUUGGCAAAGCUCUUACCACAUGUCGCACGGUUGGGUCCACAACUACUUGAGGAACCAAACCAAAACAGGUAUAUUCAGAUUAUUAGAAGCUUACCGGAAGUUGAACUAUUCUACACUCUUCUCUAUGCUAACAUGCCUUGAAAGCCCGGAAAAAGAAAGGGAAAAAAAAAAUCUAUUGUGCAAAUGGGUGAAAAAGAUUAUUUCAUGCAAAUAUGCAUGGUAUUUGAUUGCAAUGUAGAAUUUCAUGUCUGGGUCAUGAAAAUAGAAAGUUGAAGAUCCAAAAUAGGGAGAUAAGCUUCAACCUAGAACAAUUUUCUUGA